AUGGCUGCUAGUCCGAAGCUUGCAGGCAUUGAAAAAAGAGAGCAAUUGCACUGCAAGAAUCGGUGGCACAAGAUCAAUGAUCAAGUCUGCAAGUUCUGCGGAGCAUAUGAAGCCGCAACAAGAGCCAAAACUUCAGGCCAAAAUGACAAUGAUAUUCUCAAAGAAGCUCACGUUAUCUACUUCAACAAAUAUAACAAAAAGUUCAGUAUGGAACACGCCUGGAAGGAGCUUCGCUAUGACCAGAAGUGGUGUCUUAUAUCUACGGACAAAACCUGUAAAAAGAGAAAAGGUGAGGACGAUGUUGACUCCUCAACAUCUCACGCAACUGACAAUGUGAGUGGUCAAUCGGUUGAUGUAAUGGAGCGGCCCCCUGGUGUUAAGGCUGCCAAGCGCCGCGGUAAAAAGCUAAUGGAAGAGGACAAGGAGGUAGAGGGCUUUUAG